CAAAGUAUGUCUAAUAUUGGAUCACAAAACAAAGAGUUGUCACCUGCUCCGGUAACAAAAUCAACAGUACGAAUAGUUAUUAUAGCAUUAUUGCUAGAUCUCUUGGCCUUUACAAUUAUUCUGCCGCUAUUUCCUAGGCUAUUACAAGAUUAUCGAGAAAGAGAACAAGGAGACGAGACGACUUUGUUAAGUUGGUUCUUCUAUCAAAUACAAAACUUCAAACAUUUAAUUGGCGGUGGGAGUAACAAUCCGAAAUGGGAUUUAGUACUUCUCGGUGGUGCUAUAG